AUGAAGCAACAAUUAUCUCUUCCCGCAAUUCUCUCGUUUUUGUUCCUCGCCACGAGCGCUCUCGAAAACCCCCAAAAGGCUGACACUUACGACUACAUAGUGGUAGGCUCUGGACCAGGAGGCGGAACUCUAGCUGCCAAUCUCGCAAAAGCAGGAGAGUCAGUGCUAUUGCUUGAGGCAGGUGAUGACCAAGGGGAAAACCUCAAUGAGAAAAUCUCCGGCUGGUUCUCUCUUGCUGGUAAUGAUCCAUUGAUGCGAUGGGAUUUCUUUGUUAAAUAUCACAGCGAUCCGGUUCUGCAGCGCAAGUAUAACCAUUUGACAUGGGAGGUUCCUGGAGGCGGAUACUAUGUAGGAACAGAUCCACCAGCAGGAAGCAAAGAGUUGGGAAUCUAUUAUCCAAGAACUGGAACUCUCGGAGGAUGCGGGACACAUAAUGCUCAAUGUGCACCACUUCCAAGCGACAGAGAUUGGGACGAUAUUGCAAAGAUGACUGGCGAUGAUUCCUGGAGCGCGGCGAACAUGAGAGAGCAAUUCAUCAAGCUUGAAAAUUACCACAAUCCGAGCGUACCCAAAGGAACCCGUGGUCACGGUUUCGAUGGAUGGCUUGACAUCACCACCAAUGGUCCCGAGCUUCUUAGAAAUUCAACGGAAGCCCAGACGGUACUCUCAGCUGCCGCAAAAGUUUUCGGACAGGAUCCUGAUAAAUUAUACGAUUUGAUCACACGCGAUCUCAAUAACAAUGACACCAACAGAGAUUACCAGGAAGGCCUCUUCGGAUUUCCGGCGCAUAGAAACCCAAUGGGUCGUCGUGUCAGCUCCAGAGAUGUGGUCAUCGAUACACUAAAUGCUAAGAAGUACCCGUUGACACUGGGGUUGCAUAGCUUUGUAACGAAGGUGCUGUUCGACACCAAAAGCAAGAAGCCUAGAGCGACUGGAGUUGAAUACCUUGCUGGAAUGAGCCACUACAAAGCAGAUCCUCGUUUCAAUCUUACUGCAAGUAACGCAGCAGCUGCCACGGGUACGAAGCAAGCGUAUGCAAGGAAGGAAGUUAUAGUAUCUGGAGGAGCAUUCAACAGUCCUCAGCUUCUUAUGCUUAGCGGUAUCGGUCCAAAAGAACACCUCGAAAGUCUCAACAUCACUGUUCUCGUCGAUUCUCCUGGCGUCGGCUCCAAUCUGCAAGAUAACACGGAAUACGGAGUCGCAGCUGGCGCUUCCCAACCUUUUACUUCAAAGGGCCCAGUGUGUACAUAUGGUUCAACUCCGGACGAUCCAUGUCUCGAAGCCUGGCAUCGGGGCGAAGGUCCGUAUACUCAAGGACCAUUGAGUGCUCUGAUGCUCAAGAGCUCUGCGUCGGUCAACGGUGAGCGUGACAUCUAUUUCUUCGGCAUUGCGGGAGGAACCUUCGAGGGAUAUUGGCCUGGUCAAACAGUCAACCAGGUUCCAGCUCACGGACCCAACACUUUUGAUUUCUCGAUCGUGAAGAUGAACCCUCAAGGAAAGAAGGGUACACUGCGACUAGUGUCUAAUGAUCCUAGAGAUAUGCCAGAUAUCAACUUCAGAUUCUUCGAAGAGGGUGGCGAAGUCGACCUGCAGGCCCUUGUGGACGGCGUAGAGUUCGGGCGUAAAGUUUUUGAUUCCAUUGCAGCGCCCCUAGGACCAUUCAAGGAAAUCCUUCCAUGUGCUAGCGGAAAGCGAGAUUGUGAUGUGAAAGAGGAGAUUCGUGCUCAAACUUGGAGUCAUCAUGCGACAAGCACCUGUGCUAUCGGUGCUGAUGAUGACCCGAUGGCAGUACUGGAUAGCAAAUUCAGAGUCAGAGGAACCGAAGGACUAAGGGUGGUUGAUGCCAGCGUAUUCCCAAAGACUCCGGGUGCGUUUCCAGUAAUUCCGACAUUUAUGCUGGGGACCAAGGCUGGCGAUGUUAUCUUGGAGGAUCGAAAGAAGUGGUAA